UUCUAAUUUUGCUUGUUUAUCGCGGAUUUUAUUUUUGUUACAUUCAUAUAAUGUAUCUCGCGUACACACGUUCACGAGAUACAAGAAAAAAAUCUAUAACAACUUUAUUUACACACGGCGAUACGUGCGCGGCUCUUUAUCUUCGCUCUUCUGCCUAUUAAGUUUACACGCAUCAUCGCGCCUUAUUGCGAGCAUCCCACUUCUUCUCUCUCGUAAUGUUUGUUAUAUAUACGAGCCAUUCGACGCGGUUAAAGAGACAGAUCAGUCCUAUGUAUGAAAAGCUGCUGCCAUCAGUGCGCGUGUGUUCAGUCUACGACUAUAUAGUGCGUGAGUAACAAGUGCCACUUUACGCGUCGAAGAAACUACUUGUCAUCAUGAUCGUGGAACUUCCCAAUAAAAGCGAACCGAACAUCACGAUCGAGAAUAACGUGAUCAAGGGAGCGGAUGCAAAUUACCGGGGCAUCGACGGCGAUUUCGGCGAUGCUAUUUUUCGCACGCUCAAGAGCAAACCGGAUCACGUGGCUCAGAUCGAAGCCGAGACCGGAAAGAAGACGACUUUUGGCGAACUGCUGGACUCGAGCGUGCGAUGCGCCCUUUGGAUGAAGAAGCAGGGAAUCGGCCCCAAGGACAUCGUGGUCUACUGCACCUAUCCGCGUCCCGACACAGAUAUACCCGUGUUGGCGACCUUCUUCGUCGGCGCGACCUACAACGGCUGGAGCCACCAGAUCGCCCUGAAGCCAGCCCGGUACUUCCUAAAAUUCUUCGAGCCCAAGGUGAUAUUCGCCCACGAGGGUGCCGUCGACGUCCUCCUCGAGGCCAUCCAGCUCGAGGGCUGCCGGACUCGAGUGAUCGUCUACGGCAGAGACCCGAGAUGUCGAUCUUUGCAAGACAUACUGCUCGAGUCGACCGACGAGGAAGUAGCGUCAUUCGAGCCUCAACGCGCCGAUCCCGCGGACACAGCCAUCAUCGUCCUGUCGUCGGGUAGCACGGGCAAUCCCAAGGGCAUACAGCACUCGUACGGCCACAUGCUCAAAAUGAUCGUCACCUUCGGCUUCAAUCCCUUCGACGGCGUGGUUAUGUGGUACUCCACUCCGCUCUGGAUCACGUACAUCGGCUUUCUCUGUCGUCAGAUUUUCAGCUACGGCACGAGAAUAAUACACUCGAGUUUUCACCUCGAGGAGACUUGCGCAGUCAUCGAGAAAUACAAGGUGGAAGUAGUAUUUUUGACGCCGACUCAGAUAACGCUGCUCUGCAAAUCGGAUAUUCUGCAAAAGUACGAUCUGAAAUCGUUGAAACGCGUCCUCUUUGGAGGCUCCAAGAUGCACGAGAGUAUAUUGGUAGAAUUCAAGAGUCGAGUACCUCACGCAGCCGUUUUGCAAGUUUUCGGCAUGUCCGAAAUAGGUUGUGGCACGGCACAACUGAAAAGUACCAGAAACAGUUCGUCCAUAGGUUAUCUGAUGGAUGGCAUACAGAUGAAAGUGAAGGACUUGCAGAGCGGAGAGAGUCUCGGCCCCAACAAAUCCGGAGAAAUCUGCUUCAAGGGCACGUCUUUCAUGACCGGUUACUACAAGAAUCCGGAAGCUACGAAAGAUACGUUCGACGAAGAUGGCUGGUUUCUGAGCGGAGACAUCGGCUACUACGACGAGAGCGGCGAGGUUUACAUCGUCGAGCGCAUCAAGGAGAUGAUCAAGUGUCGCAAUUACGCCGUCUCGCCGAGCGACAUCGAGCAGCUGCUGCACACGCAUCCGGGCGUGAUGGAGGCCGCGGUCGUGCCGAUGCCCCACGAGAUAGACGUCGAGCGGCCGAUCGCCUUCGUGAUAAAAGCUCCCGGCUCCAACGUGACGGAGGAGGAACUCGUGACGUUGUCGGCCAUCAACGGAGAAAAUGAAAAGCUCACCGGUGGAGUGGUAUUCUUGGAAAAGCUGCCGAAAACAGAUACUGGAAAGAUCAUGAGGCCGUAUCUGAAAGAGAAGGCCAAAGCUCUGGCGGGAAACAACUGACGCUAUUUUUAUUAUAAAUAAUUAUAAUUGUAAUCUGUAAAUAAUUUAAUAAUAUAAGCUAUACAAUAAAUCGGACGAUUCCUCCUCGAAA